GUAGGCUCUCUUUUCUCCUCCAACUAAGAAGCUAGUUUCUGUCUCUUUUUCUCCCUGCCAGGCUUUUUAGGUCUUCCUCAUCGGGGAAAGAUCCAAUGCACCCGUUGCUGCGGAGCCGAUGCCGUUGGCAGUGGGAACGCGCCCCUGCUCGCCGCCCGCUAAUCCCCAUCCGCUAUCUGCUAUGGGGCCCUGCUGCUCAAGCCUUCUACGAGCCCCCUCCUAACUGUGGGCCCUCUGGGCCCAUGGGGCAGUCAGCCUGUCCGCCACCCCCCACGUCUAACUUGGGAGGAGGGGAGGCGAAUGUGGAGAAGGGAUCCAAAGAUCCUCCACCAUCUGGAUCUGCCACCCAGAUUCCUCCAGAGUCAUUUCAGGCCUUCCAGGAAGAGGUGCUGAACUUCCUGAAAGAAGUGAUGAGACUGCUGAAUCUGCCUUACACCAUUCCAAUAACAAACCCAUUCCUAGAAGGUGGAGUUGCCUUGGCUGCCAUUCCAGAUGAUGAGGAAAAGCUGCUUCAAAGCCUGUCUGAGAUCUCCUCCCAGGAGAAAAUGAGUGGCAUACCCAAGGCCCUGAAGCUUUCGCUUGCCCGCCUCUUUGCUGCAGUCACCGUAUGUCGCCAGACCCUGAAGGCCUCCAGCCAGAAGAUCCUCACUGUCAAGGCAGUAGACACGCACACCUGGUAUUACAUGUUCCAAGUAGAAUACCAGUGCAACCUCUGGGCCCGUGAGGCAUUCCUGCAGCUGACCGGCGUCCUUCUGGAAGAUGUGCAUGGCUUCUACGAGCUGCUCUUCACUGCCGUGCUAGAGCAGUGGAGAGCCAUGCUGGGGCUUAAGUAGGCCUCACGGCUGAGGGGGCCUCACUCACUCGAUGCCUGUUCUCUAACAGGCCUGUUCCCUUCUGGCUGGCAGGAGGCAUAUCUGUGAGAUGAGCUACCCAUGUGUUUUUUAUGGCUUUUAACUGAAUCUAGAAAGUUUUGUACUUUUUUAAGCUUUUGAAAUAAAG